CGUAGUCAUUUCCGCCUGGCAGAGGAAAGGUCUACGUUUCGCGAUACAGAUUUACUCCAUCAAAAUGUCUCUGGGUGUUUUAUCUCCAAAUGUUAUCGUUCCAUCAAAUAACCAAGGCAUUCUCAUCGGUGAUAAAGUGUAUUCGGAGGUGUAUCUUGCCAUCGACAACUCGACAAUACCCGAGGAAAGACUCGCCACGACCCCGUCCAUGCUGGAUGGCCUCGACCAUGAGACAGAGACAGAUCUUCGGAUUCUGGGCUGCGAACUCAUCCAAUCGGCCGGGAUUCUUCUACGUCUGCCACAGGUGGCGAUGGCGACUGGACAAGUGCUUUUUCAACGAUUGUUUUACUCGAAGUCGUUUAUCAAGCACAACUAUGAGAUUGUUGCUAUGGCGUGUGUGAAUUUGGCAUCGAAGAUUGAGGAAUCACCAAGACGAGUGAGAGAUGUGAUCAACGUGUUUCAUCAUUUGAAACAAGGAAAGGGCAAAAGGAGCAUCCCUAUUGUUCUUGAUCAAAAUUACAUUAAUACCAAGAACCAAGUGAUCAAAGCGGAGCGUCGUGUUCUUAAGGAGCUGGGCUUCUGCGUGCACGUCAAACAUCCACACAAGAUUGUAGUGAUGUACCUGCAAGUUCUUGAAUGUGAAAAGAAUCAGAUACUGGUUCAAACAGCAUGGAACUACAUGAAUGAUGCCCUCAGAACCGAUGCAUUUGUGAGAUUUGAACCUGAGACCAUUGCAUGUGCCUGUAUCUACCUUGCCGCUCGAGUACUACAGAUUCCCCUUCCGGCAAAGCCACACUGGUAUCUUCUGUUUGGCGCUACAAAGGAGGACAUCAAAGACAUCUGUAUCAGCACAGUGAAGCUUUAUUCUAGGAAAAAGCCAAACAGUGAGAAGCUUGACAAAGAGGUGGAAAAAAGAAAGCUUGUCCUGGAGGAGGCUAGACUUAAAGCCAGGGGUCAAAAUCCCAAUGGCACACCAGCUCUCAUUGUCAUUGGUAGCUUUUCCCCAGCAUCAAAACCCUCUUCUCCACGAGACGUGAAGGUUGAAGAAAAAUCACCAAACUCUAAACUAGUAAAGGAGUCUGAGACCAGACAAUUGUUCACCAAAAGCCCCUUGAAUGGCACCAUGAAAAAGGAGGAAAGCAAAGUGUUUCAGAAUGGCAAGAACCACAGUCGGUCUCGAUCCCGAUCUCGCUCCCAGUCUCGUUCUCCACACAGACAUCUGAGAAGCCACUCGGGUACAUACAGCUCUCACAGCAGCCACAGCCCAUCUCCACGGCAACACAAAGGUCGCAGGACUUCACCAAUUACGCAACUCAGGCCGGAGCACAGACAGAGCAAAUCUAGUCGGCAUGGUAACAAAAGGAGGAGGUCACAAAGCCAUUCUCGCAGUAAUUCCCACGAACGAGGCCAUGACCGCAACUACACGAAACAUAAGCCUGAUCGUGGCAGUGGUCAACACUGGGACCAUCGUGAUCGUGAGCAUGACCGUUCACAUGAUCACGGCAGAAGCAAACACCAGAGUAGAUCACAUUCUGGACACAGACACAGGAGAUGAGGCACCCAACACCGCUAAAAGAAAUUGAGAACUAUUAUGGCAUUGGACAACAGGACUAAACUUUAGAUUGUGGGAAAAUGCUGACUUCAAACAAUGAUUUCUAAGAAGUGGAUGUUCUCUUGAUAAUGAAUGGUUCUUGCUUCUGAUUGGGUUCAGGAAGGCAAGGUAGUGGUGCCUUUUUAUAUAUUUGACAAUUGCAUUUUACUUGAACGUGAAAGUGAACAGCAAACUGCUAAAAGUCUGCCAAUAUCAGGGAUCACAUUUGCACAAGUGUAAGGAGCUUACGAGAUCUGUGCAUGUUAAUUUACAAAUAAUGUACAGCUAUGUGUUUUUUUGUGCACUGUACAUAUAUAGCUUAUUUUUAUGUCAGAAAUGGAAGACGUCUUUGUAUUCGUCUUAAAAUAAAAUUGAU